AUAAUAAUGAAAUGCAACAUUUUUUAAUUGACUGUAUACAAAAAUAGUUCACUACAAUCUUCAACAUCAAAAAAUACUUCAUUUUCUAGCUGACUUGGAUUGCAAAUGCUCAACCAAUCCAUGAGCUCUUCAAACAUAUCUAAAUAACCUAAUGUGUCUGCCAUACUUCUGUUACAAACCAAAUAGCUACCUUUUUUAAUAUAUUUCUUAAAGAAAUACCACAUUUGCUUAUGCUUUUCAAUGUCAACAAAAAAAUCAAGUACAUUAAUGAUGAUAACAUCAGAGUUUUGCACAACAUCACUCCUUUCCAUCACAUCAGAGUUAAUUACUUUGAUUCUAUUAUUAUCCAUUGCAUAUUGGUUGAUUAUCCUUUGCUGGACAUCACAGCAUUCUUUGUUCAUUUCAAUUCCAACUAUAGAACCAGCUCUUGAAAAAUAAUAAGCCUGUAAAUAGAGGAUAUUUUUUUAUUAAAAUAAGUAAUCAAAAAGUAAAGAGUUCCUAGCAAGACUUUAAAAAGAAAUUAAAUUAUAAAGGCAUGUACAAAAAUUAUCCCGUAUGCUCAACUUUUACUAAAUGAUUUACUCUAUCAAUUAUGAAUUACUUAAUAACAAUUUGUAGUAUUUUUUUUUUCAUUAAGGUAGUCUGUAACACAAGUAGUGGCAAAUAUCAGGUUCAAUGAAUUUUAUACUAACACCAUAGAGGACUGCUCCUAUCCUAGAACCAACAUCUAAAACUUGUUUAUCCUCCAGCUCCUUUGGCAGAAGUACUUGAAAAAUGUAUUGCAGUGCUUGUCUUGACAUAGAAUGUGAUAUUAAUGUUAGAUCCUGAAAUAUACAUUUUAAUUUAAAAACAUUAUCGGAAAGUAAAACUAUGAGACUAGUAAUGGACAUAACAGUAGUAAUUGUUUGUGGAUAAGAUUUUAAUCUUAAUUAACUGAAAAUUGGUGAAUAUUGUUCAUUUGUUAUAAUGUGGUGCGAUUUUGUUUAAGGAGUGGCUGCUUAACUUAAAUAAUUCCAAAUGUACCAUACUUCCUAUAGGAAUAAACAAUCCACAUAAAAUCUGUCAAUUGAGCAACAAUUAUUACAAAAAGUAAAUUUGCAAACAGACUUAAGUAUCAUAAUAACAGAAGAUCUAAAAUCAGCCAUUUUGGUAAUAGAUUGUAUGUGGGUAUACAAUCUAUUACCAAAAAAGCAAACAGUGUCAUCUUUAUCAUUAAACUGAGCUUAGAAUACGCUUUUCAAGCCGCUAGUGGGCGAAACUACUAUAUUUUGCUUAAAUCAGACUAUUGCUGGUAAAAGCUUUCUCAAAAUAAAAACUCAAGUAUUAAGGUAUAGAGUAGCAAAAAUAUACUCACUUCAAAAAUAAAGUAAAUAUUUUAACCACAUUCUAUAUUUUAUUUCAUUUUUUGCCAUCUACUAUAUUUUUAGAGGUAAACCGCUUCAAAAAUACUAUAUUUGAUAGAUUUUUUUUUAAUGCAAAGUACCCUCGAAAGGCUAAAUAAUUGUGGUAGAGGACCUGAAACAGUGGUACUUACUUUUAUGUUACGAGAAUUACAAGUUAAGCAGUAGUGUCUUUGAAGCUUCCCUUCUUUAACAAGUUCAUGAACUGCAUCUUGGUCAUAUAGGAACUCAUCAAUGUGGCAAGUGUUGGUUGCGUUACAGUCUGCCUGGUCUCCCACUGUAGGUGGAACUAUGUUCUCCGAUGGCAUCUCAGCCUCAAAAGGUAUGUGCUGAUAUUCAAUAAAUAAACUAUUAAAUUAUUAAUCAAAAUGUGGCACGAAGCUAGAAAACAGGAGCGGAUGAUUCGCGGUUUAAUUGUUGACUACCGUCGUAGGGCAGAGCGUCGUAAAGAUUUCUAUGAAAAAAUCAAAGCAGAACCGACUCAAUUUCUGCAGCUGCAUGGUCGACCAUGCAAAAUACAUUUAGAUCCGACCAUUGCGACUGCUGGUGAAGGUCCAGCAAUAAUGAUGCCCUGGCAAGGUGAUCCCAGCAAUAUGAUAGACCGCUUUGAUGUGCGUGCCCAUCUGGAUUUUAUACCUGAUGUUAAAUAUCCAGAGAUUCAACCAGAGGAACUUGGUCCUGAAGAAAGGCAAUGUAACUAUGAGAGAUACAGAAUUUUAGCUCAGAAUGUGUUCCUCGGUAUAAGUGAAGAUAAGUUUCUUCAGCAGCUGGCCAUUGAAGAACAAUUUGGAGUCACAAUAGAAGAGAAAGAAAUGCAAAGGGAAAAACUACACGAGAGAAAGGGAACUGGUGCAGCUAUAGGAUACAAUUAUAAUGAUCCAGGCGCCCAACCCUCUAGCUCGCACGGCUCAGAAGUUAAAAAAGUGCAAGAGCAAAAGGAUUCUGAUGAUGAUUCAGAUCUGGAGAUCAUUGAUGUGGAUUUGAGCAUUGAUGUCAACAAGAUGGAGGCAUCACAGGCACACGAGUUGAACGCCGUGGGCCCCCAAUUCGGCAUGGCGGGCUGCGACCUGUUCUCCUUCCUCACGGGAGACGCUGAUGAUGCUGAGCACCAGAAACAACUGCUGAGAGAGGAGAAGGAGAAGGCGAUGUUCUCGGGAAGAAAGAGCAGGAGGGAGCGACGGGCGCAUAGGGACAAGAAGCUGUCGUGCCGCGUUGCCAGCCCGCCCAGCUACGCGGCGCCGCGCGCGCGCUCGCUGUCUCGCUCGGCCUCGCGCUCUCCCUCACCCGCGCCGCCCCCGCCCGACCACAUACAGUUCAUCACGUCCUUCGGCGGCGACGACACGGAGCCGCCACCUCCGCCCAAACCUUUGUAUGCUGACAAAUUGAAGUUAAACUUGAAGAAGGAGCCCACGUAUUCUGACGUGGCACGCAGGCCUGUCAACAGAUCGCCGGCGCCUCGUCCUCAAAUGGGGCCUCAAUGGCCACCCGAUGCCAAAUCGCGUUCUUUAUCUCGAUCGCGUUCCCGGUCACGGUCACGGUCGAGGUCGCGAUCGAGGUCGAAGUCGAGGUCGCGGUCGAGGUCGCGUCGACGCUCGUACUCGAGGUCGCGAUCCUACUCGAGGUCAAGAUCGAGAUCGAAGUCGAAAUCUAUGAGCCCGUACAACUCCAGGUCACGUAACUACAGAAGAAGAUCGCGAAGUCCACAAAAUCAUGAAUAUACCAAGCGUAAUAACUCGAGGCCCAUGUCGCACGAUAGUGGUGAUAGAGCCCCGGCCGCGGUCCCGCGAUACUACGGGCGCCGCAAGUCGGACGACUCGUCCAGCGACCCGUCGCUCGACUCCACCAGCGACGACGCUGACCAAUCGGCGGUCGGCAAUAAGUCGAACACAAACGCGAGUCAGUUACGAUUGAGUGGAGCCAGCACCAAAGGUCCGUCGCGUGAGGCGCUCUCACUCAAAGAGAAACUGAGAAGGAAAAUGCAGGCGCAGCUUUCAAGGCAACUGCGAGCGGAUCAACGAGCGGAAGCUGAGCGACAGGAGCGUGAGAACCGGAGACAGGCCAGGCGAGACCAGGAGAUGAGGGCGCUGGCCAUCAAGCUGCGCCGCAAGCAAAGGGAGAUGAGGCAUCAGCAGAACAGAAGAUCAAGCGACUCAGGUUCAGACAGGACUCGCAGCAGAUCUUCAUCUAGAGAAUCUCAAAGCGCUGAGCGGAGGAAAGAUCGAAGUCAAUCCAAGAGUCCUUCUCCUCAAGAGACACGUAUUCCUCCUCAAGAGAAACGUAUUCCAGUCUGGGAAGCCGACAGAGAACCUAUCGCAGCGAGACAACGGUCUCCAGAAUAUCAGUCCCGCCGUCGAUAUGAGGACGAGCGUCCACAUUACAAUCGUUAUGAAAGAUAUAAUCGCUACGGCAAUGAGACUCGCUACGAGGACAACCGUUACGGCAACGAGCCGCGCUACGAGGACACCCGUUACGGCAACGAGACUCGCUACGAAGAAACAAGAUACGGUGGCGAGAAUCGCUAUGAAGAAAAUCGAUAUGGAAGUGAAAAUCGAUACGAAGACUCGCGUUGGGAACAAGAGAAGUCUUAUCCUUCCGGCAAAAGACGCCCUUUCCGAGGCGGGUACAGGGGGCAAGGCUAUAGACCUCCUAAUCGUAGUUAUGGCUACGAUGGACCUUCUAGUAGGCAAGACAAUGAGUCCGAUGGAAGAGAAGAUGAUACCUACCCAAAGAAUAAAGUGAAGCUUGUUGAUUAUUAAUCAAAAUAAGUAAUUUUUUCUUUUGAAUGAAAGUGAAAUGAAAAGAAAUGAAAAUUUUGAAAGAAUAACAACAGAAAUUUUGUAGCUGGUCAACCGAAAAGGCUUUGUGUAAGGUUGUUUUGAAAACCUUGAAUAUGUAGUUUCAAAAUGAACGACAAAAAACGGCAGCAAUAAUCACAUUUAAGUAAUUUAUUAUUUAAAGAAAUGCGGUCACAGAAUAUUUUACCUAUAGGUAAUUUGUAUAUAGAACUCCUAUUUUUCUCUUUAUAACUAUAUUCUACUACAUCAUAUUAUAGCAUAGAUCAUUAGUAAUUUUGAAAUUGAACUUUAUAUGAAGUUCUCUUUUCAUACUUGUACGUUUGUAAUGCAUCACCUGUAUCAAACAAGAAUGGUAGUUUCGCCAAAUGUAUAAUAUAAUAUAGAUUAUUUCAUGUUCCCUAUAGGUUGUAUUUAUGUAAAAUGAGUGAGAAACAAGAAUAGGGCUCGUUUAAUUAAGAGCGGCCACAAUUGCGUAUAAACAAAAGGUUAUUUGUCAGUAUGAAAAACAAUAAAAAUAGAAAAUUCUUUUUCGUAAGUAGAGCUAAAAAUGACGUCACCUGCUUGUAAACAUGCUGUUGAAGUGACAUUACUUUGUACUGUUUGACUUUUUAAUGAGAGCCAUGUGACGUCACCUGCCUGAAAGAAGCCAUAUUUGCAAUUGAAACGUUUCGGCGGCAUACUUGACAUAUUUUUUUCCCCGUUUUUUUUUUUUACUGUUAUACAGAAUAGAGUGCCUUUACACGAAUAAAUAACGUGUGAACAUUUUCGAAACCUUGUCAAAUAGCCUGUUUCAAAAUCGUUACUAGUUCCUCCUGUGUUAAUAUUGAAAUGGGAGAGUUGUGUUGUUUUUAGCAAAAGAAUCAAAGUAAUAAGUAGUUAGUGAUAGGGUACCUACCUUUUUACAAGUGCUCUUUUACCGAUCUGCCCCCGUAGUGAACACCACAAUUUACAUUAUACCACGUUUUUUAUCACGUCUAACUGUGAAACUUCAAAGUAAUCUGACAGUUGAGCGUGAUAAAAACGCGAUAUAUAUCAAAUCGCGGUGCUCCUGCCAGGGGGAGCAGAUUAUGAUAUGAAUUACUAAAACUUCCAGAAAUUAAUAGAACUAGAAAAUGUCUAAAGGGACAAAUGAUCAAUAUAACUUUAAAUUAAGGGUUUUUAUAUAAAAAGUUAAGUAGAUAAUUUUCACAUGUAAAUUGAACUAAAUAAAAAAACAGCUGUUGUUUGUAGGUUGUUUUAAUGUGUAUCAGUCUUAUAUUAAUUAAAUAAGUUAAUUUUAC